GUUGUCUCUUGACCGACUAAAGAUCGUUCUCUCUUGUUCAAUGGAAAUGAAAAACCUCAGUAUACUUUGAACCGUUGUGCUGCGAAAGUUGUGUCUUGGUUAAUAUAGACAACUCUAUUGGUACCAAACAUCCAACACAUAAUGCUGAUAUUUCCUCCUGCUUAUAUAGAGUCAAUCUAAUACUAAAAUGUAUAAGCUCCUGGGAGGAUUGAAGGAUUAUUUCAAAAGGCAAGAUAUAUACACCGAUAGUGCCGUAUUCCGCCUUCACAAUAGUUUUACAACGGCAUUGUUGCUGGCUUGUAGUUUAAUAAUAACUGCCACACAAUAUGUCGGACAGCCAAUUAGUUGCAUUGUCAACGGGAUCCCAACACAUGUCGUCAAUACAUUCUGUUGGAUUUCCAGUACUUUUACUAUGCCUGAUGCGUAUAAACGAGAGGUAGGACGCGAAGUGGCUCACCCUGGCGUAGCUAACGAUUUUAAUGACGAGGAUGCUAAAAAGUAUUACACGUACUAUCAAUGGGUUUGUUUUGUACUUUUCUUCCAGGCAGCGGCAUGUUAUUUGCCUAAAUUUUUAUGGGAUGCAACGGAAGGAGGAUUAAUGCGUACUAUUGUUAUGGGACUAAACAUCGGAAUAUGUCGAGAAGAUGAAAAAUGUGCCAAAAAACAAGCCCUUAUAGAAUACGUUUUGAAACGAUUAAGACGGCACAAAUUAUAUGUACUGCGGUACUUCGCAUGUGAAGCACUUUGUUUUGUGAACAUCUUAGUGCAACUGUGGAUGAUGAAUCGUUUUUUCGAUGGCGAAUUCUAUUCAUAUGGAUGGAAGGUACUGAAAUUUUCGGAAGUUCCACAAGAUCAACGCUUAGAUCCGAUGGUUUACGUAUUCCCACGAGUUACAAAAUGCAUUUUCUACAAAUACGGAGCAUCAGGAACAAUUCAAAAACACGAUUCUUUGUGUAUACUUCCACUAAAUAUUGUGAAUGAGAAGACUUACAUCUUCAUUUGGUUCUGGUUUAUUAUAUUAGCCACAAUGUUAUUCUGCUUGUUGAUAUACAGGGCUAUGAUAGUAUUUAUGCCUUCAUUUCGUAUCCGUUUGCUGAAUACAAUCAACAGAAUGGUGCCGCGCGAAGCUGCAGAAGCUAUUGGUCAGAAAACUGAUUUAGGUGAUUGGUGGAUAAUAUACAUGCUAGGAGGGAACCUGGAUCCUCCCAUUUUCAAGGAUGUUGUAGCGGAACUCGCCAAGCAGAUAGAACCGCCACAUAAAAAUGGAAAACAAAGACUCUGAACUUUUAUCGGAAGAAAAAUUCUCGGUUAGACUUUAGAACUGCCAUAGAUACCACGAGUUGUGCACGACUUCCAUACUCAUAGAAUAAAUACAUAUCACAAACAUAUUUUUUCAAAAGCUAAUAGUUUCUAUGACGAAUGUUAACGAAUCUCUCUAAGAAUUUUACAGUUUUCACAUUCCAAUUGAUAAUAUAUAUUUUAAUAUUAGAUACAUGAACCUCGACAAAACAUUUAUUAUUUUAAUAAAGCAAUUUAUUUUUACACAAAA